CUAGAUUUUGCUCGACCCAUGGUCCUACUGGGACUGCAGCGUCGGGCAGCCCUUUGCGUGGAAAAAUGCUGGCAUUGAUGCUUUUUCUGGCAGCCGCCCGCGCUCUCACGCUGCCGCGGCUCGACCCGCAGCGGAUGGUGGCGAGCUGGGCGGAAGCGCAGGAGCUGCUCGGGCUGAAUAGGACCGCCGCGGAGAACAGGGAGCUGGUGCUCGGCUUCUACAACAUGUCCCGGGGUUACGGCCACUACCGGCACGUGCGGUACGUCAUGAUGUCGAAGGUGGCGAGCGAAGAGAUCAGCGGGAACAUGGCCCUAUGGGCACACGGCGAGCGAACCGACCCCGCCAACUGCACCUUCACAUUUGUGCGCGAACCGCUGAGGAAGUUUAUCUCCGGAGCGGUGGAGAUGGAGUGGCGCUUCCGACAGGGGCAGAAAUUGCUAGGUGACGACGACAUGGGAAGCUGGCGCUUCCAUCGCCUGCCCGUCGGCUCGCGCGAUCGCGCAGUGGCUUUUCUCAAGGAUCUGCUCGAGUUUAGGUGGGCGGUCGUUCCGCGGGCUCUGGGACACCGGGGCGGCCUGGCCCACGUCUACCCGAUGUUUGGCCAGGCGGCCACCUGGCAACGCCUCGUCGGGCUGGACUUCAUCGGUCGGCUAGAAAACUUCGCCGCCGACUGGGCACGGAUGCAAGCGGUGUGCGGCACCGGCCACGUUCCUUACAACAGCAGUCUCGAGAUCCACAUCACGUCGUCCGACCCGAUGCACGUCAAGCCCGGAUGGUACGCAGCGCUCGGUGAGUGCGCCGUCCGCCGCGCCUUGUGCCGCCUGCUGUCACCCGACUACGAAACGUUCGGCUAUGCGUGCGAGCAGCAAGUCUGUGCCGGAUAGCGGCCCGCAUCAGGGGAAGCACCAUGACGACGGCUAACAUAUCCCGUCGACCGACGGGAUAUGUUAUACGGCCAGUA